AUGGAUAAAGCCAGAAGGUCACCUUCUCCACAACUAGAAUCUUUUCAAUUUGAGGAAGAUGAAGAUGGUGAGGAGCUGGAGUCUGGCAGCAACGAGCGGUUAGAGGGAGAAGAAGACUAUGAUGCUAUCAACGACGAAACGUUCGGUCGUUGUGAACCCAUAGACAACGCAGAUUUGGAAACGUUGGCAGCUAGAGUAUGUUUUUGAUUGUUUUAUAUUGUUUUAGAUUCUGUUAUUAGUUCUUGCUUUUUUUCAACGAUUUUGUGAACAGCUUUUUACUGGCUGUUUCAGAACAAAAAAAAAUAUUUAAUAUAUUUCUAUUUUUAGGCAAAAUUAUUGGACUUUGGAGACGAACCUGAUCCUGUGGCAUGGCCAGAUCCGAGUUCAAUUCCUCUGCCGACGAAUCUCUCAAGUUCUAUGUUCGAUAACAGCAUCUGGGGAUACAAUAAGCCAUCAACUUCUAAGAGAGAUUCUAGCGAUGACUUCUUUUCGUUUAUUACUAGUGCAACUCUACCUCGUGAGUUAUUUUAUUAUUUUUAUCUUACGUUUAGAGAAACAUACUUAUCCAUCGUAAUUUCUCUAUUUAGAGUCUUUUGAUGCUACUGGGCAAAAACCACCUAAACCAGAAUAUCAGAAGGGCAGGAUAGAAGCGCAAGGUUGUGCAGUUGACAUACCCAAAGUUCAGUAUUUGACUGAAGAAGACAUCUUGAGGAAGGCUCGGGAAGAGGAAAGACCAAACUUGUUGUCGCAGUUGUUUGAAUCGGCAAAAAGUAGGUCUUGGGUAAUUCUUAUGUUAGACAAAUUAGACAAUACUUUACUCUGAAAUUUGUUUAUUCUAGUGUUUGGAGUCAGAUUUUUACGAUUGUAUGAAGUGUUAAAAUUUAGGUAUUAAAGUUUACUUUUUUAGGUGGAAAUGGUAAUCAAAAGAUGCCUUUACGAGAGAGUGAAAGCACAAACAGUUUGAAUGUGAUGAGUUUGUUAGAAGUUGCUCAAAAAUCUGAGCAAGCCAAUAAACCACCCACGCCCCAAGCUCAACCCAAGAUAGACAACUCGAUAUUACCCGGAUAUAACAAUCCACCUCCAGGAAACAAGAUGCCAUAUGAGAUGCCAAUGGUGCCUCCAGGCUUUCCUCCACCGAAACCUCCAAUGCCACUUUUUAAUGGACAGAUGCACCCGAUGUUACAAGCCAUUAUGAUGGGUAAGAUACCACCACCUGUACCACUACCACCUGGUAUGACACCUCAGCAUUGGGCCCAAAUGGCAGCGAAUAUGUUUCCUCCCCUACCCCCGCCAGGAAUGCCCCCACCUAUGCCCUCGCCUUUUAUGAAUGCACCUAUGCCUCCACAGCAGCAACACCAUCCUGCGUAUCAUCCGUAUUCUCAAAACAGACCUUACAAGGAGUAUCGGGAACGAAAACCUAAUCUACCUUCAACUAAAACAAUAUCAGACUUUGCAUUUGAUCCGUACGCUGGGCUGAUGUCGAAGAAGGAAAGAGAAUGGCUGAUCAAGAUUCAGUUAAUACAGUGUAUGGGGACUGGAGAUCCGUGGGAUGACGAUUACUACUAUGCUGUAAGUUGGGAUUGAAGUAAUAUUUUAAAAUACUGAAAUGUUUUUCUAUAACAAUUUUGUUAUUAUUUUUAGUUGUGGAAAGAUCAGAACGUGUUAGCAAAAGCACGAGAAGAAUGGGCAGUUGAUAUCAAGCCCAAGUACUACACUUUUCAUGACACGUAUCCAUCAGACAAGUAUGUUCCUCCAGUAUUUAAUGGCAGUUUGGGACGACCAACUCACGUUUCGACCGCGUUUCCACGACAGAUCAUCGACCUACAUAACGAGAACGGUGAUGAAGAUGACAGUCAGAUUGGAAAGGUGAACAACCAGAAGAAGUUGAGGACAGUCUUGUUGAGGAUUGAAAAUGCAUCGCUGGCUUUGUUGGAAUGUAGAGAUGUUAACUACAAACAACACAAGACGGAGCCUACUGAUGUGUAAGUGUAAUAAUAUUGUUUUAAUUUACUUUUGUCUUUGUCUUCAUAGUUUUAAAAGACGCUUUUUAUAUUAAUAUUACGGUCUUAUCGGUCUUAUUUUUUAGUGACAUGUUGGAUGUGCGUAGCAAGGUUAGCGCGAUCGUACAGUCGAUUGUGACGCCAGACAAACUACCUACAAUCAUGUUGAUUCAGAAAGGACGACUACUUGUCGCUCAAUUACUGGCCGAAUGCAAUGAGCGAUUGGAUUCCCAAAGUAAAUGUUUGAUUAUCACCACAUUGGUGGAAACAUUGCCAUUGUAUUCUCGCAAGGUCCCAGCUGAUGCCAAUGUUCAACCUCUCCAAAGGGCUAUUGUCAACGGGUUAUGGUCUAUGGAUUUGUUGGGCUUCAAACAGUUCAGAGAGUCUUUCCCUAUUAAGAUCUUGUUCGCCGUAUCUAGUAAAGUAAGUUCUUAUUGUUUUUAAUUAAGUUUUAGGUAACAAAAGAAACCGUAAACAGUAAUUUUUAUCAUUUUCUGCCAAGUCAUGUAAUAGAAAAAAGCUGUUUUCAGUAUAUUUUGUAUUAGAAGUUGCAAUGAAACAACAUAAUCCUCAUUCUUUCAGUUUUCUCAGCAGUUGUGUCUUUCAUUAUUGAUCGGAUUCGUCGGCCGAGGUGAGCUUAAUCGAGAAGAACAAGUUUUUGGCACCAUUGGAAGGUGGCUAUCUUCAGAAUCCCAAGAAGAUCUUCGAUUGUUGUAUCCCGUGUUGAAUCUCGAAGCCGUGGAGUUGGAUCUUCUCAAGUUGUUCGAGGGUCUGUCAUUGUUUCCUCAAAAUUCGAUCGGAUACCAGUUAUCAGAUGUUCUGAAACUCCGAAUCAAGCAUCGACCUUCAUGA